CCCACCCCAUUUCAUAAGUGAGUUUCGGCCAUCAAUUUCAAGAGAGAAGAAAAAUCCUAUUUUGUGUUCAAAGUUAUUUUUCUAAAGUGUUAGAAAUAUAAAGAAAAUAUUAUAAAGAAAUAUUUAUAAGAUAAAUAUUUUACUAUAUAUUUAUUACUCCCAAAGUAGUAUUAUUAUAGUUUUUACUAUCCUAUAUUAAACUUGCUAGCACAAGUUUAAUCUAGGACUCCGGAGCAAGUUCGUGUGGAUACGUUGGAGGCUUCAUACGUUUGGCGCUACGUUCAUCUCCUCAAAACCAUCCACGACCGUUUCUCCGUUCUCCGUUUUUCACCGUUAAGGAUAAAGGUGUAGUUACGAGUGUCUACAGGGUUGUGUUGCGGCAAGUUUUGUUAUUGUUAAUUGUACCCUCUGAGAUUCAUAAAUUUGAAUAAUUUGAUGAUAGUCUUGAUGUUGAGGUGGGGGUUCCACAUGUUGAGAUUGAGACUAUCGAUCACCUACAAGAAUCAGCUACAUUUGUUUCUGUGCCUCAGUGAGGCGCUCUGCACCCCAGGAGGGAGCGACCUCGGCUCAGGUGGAGCAUCUGAGACACUAGUGCAGACUCCGACGGGGAGCCGUUCCAGCAAAAUGACGGGCGGGGGUCCUCUGAUAAUCAUCUUGUGUGGAUUAUUUUGGCUAUCAUAGGGCUCAUUAUUGUGGUUAUCAUAUUAUCAUAUGUUGUGUGCAAGAAAUGUGGUAAAGGAGGACGUGAAGACGCUGAAACACAAACAAAUGCCGUAGUGUGCCGCAAAGCUGUCUUUGGCGACAUCAAAAAAUUGAAUUUCCUGGGGUAAAGUCAGGGG